AUGGCUCUCAAUACGCAAUUCACGAAACUCCCCGUCCGAUCCCUCCGCCUCAGUCAUGCCCCGGUCCUCCGCACCGGGCUCGUCGCCCGCCCAACAGCACAGAUGCAAACCCGCCUCCGAUCAACCUACACCUCCGAAUCCAUGCCGCGCAUAGCCCAAACCUCCGUCUGGACCGCCAUGAUUCCGCCCUUCAUCCGGCGCAUCGCCCGCGGCGGCGGUAAAAGCGACACUCCCGAAUCCAAAGAAUGGAACCCGGCCAGUUUCUACAUCAUCAUCUUCAUUCUGAUCGGAUCGCAGGCUAUCCGGAUGAUGAUGUUGAAGAAGGAUUAUGCGGCGUAUACGCGGUCGACGGAUGCAAAGAUUGAGUUGUUGCGGGAGGUUAUUGAGAAGGUGAAGAGGGGGGAACAGGUUGAUGUGGAGAAGUUGUUGGGGACGGGGGAUGCGGCGAAGGAGAGGGAGUGGGAGGAGGUGCUGAGGGAAAUUGAAGAUGAGGACUCGCUGUGGCAUCAGAAAGCCUCUGUGAAAUCAGCUGAGCAAGAGCAGCGCCAGGACGUGGAUGCGCUAAAGGAACCAGUGAUUCCUGCUGAGGGAGAGGGAAAUACAGAACCGCCGAAGGAUAGCAGCUCGAGACGGAAGUUGAAUUUCUUCUAA